AUGGGCUCCUUCAGUGACUCGGUCUACUUCAAUUGCUCGCGUGACCAAAAGAGCGAGGCAGAUGCAGCACUCAGCAACACCGAUCGACAAGAAGGGGUGUUGACGGACGCGAAACACCAUGAGAAGGCCAAUGGAAUCAAGGAAACUGUUCUUGAUGGUGCAGUGCCGGCUGCACAGGGCGCUUUGCAGACGGUCCAAGGCCAAGUCCGCGCGAUGACAGGGAAGGGAGGGAACGAGACGCCACAUGAUGCGGGCGCAUUGCCUUCUGACGAAAUCGAAUGCAUCGAUCAGAUGGACACCGAACGAGUCUGCGACUUUCUGCGAGAAAAGCAUACGAGUACUGCGCCACCGCCGUCAACGAAUUGA